GUCAUAAUAAAAUUGAACAAACAAAGUAAAAUCGGUUUCUAUUCAAUAUACAACUAACAAAUUUGUUUAUUUUUUAAAAAUUAAAAUUUUUAGUUCGGAAGAUUGUUUCAAUAAAUAGUACACACAAACAAAGACAAAACAUUAAUAUUUAUAAAUAAAAUAAAUUGACAUGGAAUCCACUGAUGCUUGGAAUUAUAAGAUGGGGCCUGUUUUGGCUGAUUGCUUUAAGACUUCGGAAAUAAAAUCAAUUAUUCAAGAAGUUAUGAAUGAAAAGUUGCAAGGUAAAAUUUAUGUUGCGGAUGAAGCGAGAAGAUUGGUACAAGAUAUAUCAGAUACUAUUAUUGCUAACAUACAUGAAAAUGUUAAUAUGAUGCGAUAUAAAUACGUUGCUCAAGUAUUCUUGGGUCAGCAGACGGGUGCUGGUCUUAAUUACAGCGGUAUGUGCUGCUGGGAUGCUAACGCCGAUUCUCAAGUGUCAGAUGUUUUCUCAAGUCCGAACAUGUUCUGCGUUUGUACAGUUUUUGGUUCCUAUUUGUACUGAAGAAUGUAAUUAUAAUUUUAGGGUAUAAAAUAAU